AUGUCUACAUUGACCAUUGGUUUAUCACCUGCCCCCGGAACAUUUCCAUUCACGGCCAAGAACAUCCCAAUUUCAUCAACAAAGGUCAUUUUAGGGUCCAUUGAAGUAACAGAGCCAGGCAAAGCAGCGCGUAUACCAUCGACCAACAAUGGCUGGUUCCCUCCUAAAUCCACAGACUCAGUCACAGGGGUCUCUCCUCUCCCUCUGAGCUCAUCCCACGCAUACAUCUGGUGCGACGGUGGAAAGGUCUAUAUCCGAGACUUGGACUCUGCUUUCGGAACAUUUGUCAAUGGAAUGAGAAUAUCAAACGACACUGUUCUCAAAUCAGGCGACACCAUCAGCCUUGGUUCCCGGAUUGUACGAAACGAGAAAACACCUGCAUAUAUCACCGACCUUCACGUCAGCCCCAUUAUUGCAACUGUGUCGAUAAAAGGUUCACGAUCAUAA